GGUAUUCAAUGAAGAAAAUCUAGACUUCAUGAAGAGAAUCCUGGAGAGGGCAGGAUUGGGGGAGAAGACGUAUUUCCCAGAAGCUUUUUUCAAUUAUCCACCAGAUCCCGGCAUGGCUGAGGCAAGAAAGGAGGCAGAAAUGGUUAUGUUUGGUGCCAUUGAUGAGCUGUUGGAAAAGACUGGAGUGAGGGCCAAAGAUAUUGGGAUUCUUGUGGUGAAUUGUGGUUGUUUUUGUCCAACUCCAUCUCUGUCUUCUAUGAUUGUCAACCAUUACAAACUUAGGACCAAUAUUCUGAGCUACAACCUUGGUGGUAUGGGUUGCAGUGCUGGAGUUAUCUCAAUUGAUCUUGCCAAGUACCAUCUACAGGUGCUUCGAAACUCCUAUGCCCUUGUGGUGAGUACGGAAAACCUGACCCUCAAUGCAUACAGGGGAAACAAUCCCUCCAUGCUCGUCUCCAAUGCCCUCUUUCGCGUCGGGGGGACCGCAAUUUUGCUAUCAAACAAGCCAUCCGAUCGUCCUCGUUCAAAAUAUCAGCUCAGCCACAUUGUACGUACUCACAAAGGGGCCCAAGACAAAUUUUACAAUUGUGCUGUCCAGCAAGAGGAUGAGGAUAAUAAAGUUGGAAUAGCCUUGUCUAAAGAUCUUAUGAUCAUAGCUGGAGAGGCUUUAAAAUCGAAUAUUAUAGCACUCGCGCCGCUGAUUCUGCCCGCCUCUAAAAAACUCCUCUACGUAAUUAAUUUGUUCGCGAGGAAGUAUUUAAACAAGAAGAUCAAGCCGUAUGUUCCCGAUUUCAAGCUCGCAUUGGAGCAUUUUUGCAUUCACGCCGGAGGAAGAGCUGUGUUAGAUGCCGUGCAAAAGGCCCUUGACCUAAGCGAGUGGCAAUUGGAGCCUUCAAGAAUGACGCUGUAUAGAUUUGGCAAUACUUCCACUAGCUCUACUUGGUAUGAAUUGGCUUAUUUGGAGGCCAAGGGGAGGGUGAAAAAGGGUGACCGAGCAUGGCAGAUUUCCUUUGGUGCAGGAUUCAAAUGCAAUAGUGCUGUGUGGCGGGCAUUGAAGGACAUUGAUCCAUCUAAGGAGAAGAAUUGUUGGACGGAUGAAAUUGAUGAAUUUCCUGUUCAGAAGACUUUCGUGUUCACAUAAGCCCACCGAAUAUAUAGACGAACCAUUCUGCAAUUAAAUCUGUCUGUUUCCAUCUCAACUAAUUUAUAUGAACUCAUAAAUGGGGAAUGCACAGAUGAGGCUUUGCUUUAGCCGUCAAAGUUUUGAGUU